AUGAAGUAAAGCUAAGUUAUAGCCUCUGAGACUUAGCAAUCUUCAAAGAUUAGAAUAGGAUUCGGAAGCUCAGCCCAAAACACGCCUCAAAAUUAAAACUUCGGAAUGGAUUACUCAGAUGAUGAUGAGGAUGAUGAUGAUGACGAUGCCAGUGAUUCAAAUGAUGUAGUUUAUCAAUAAAAAACAAAUGAGAGGUAAUCCAUCGGGAGAGGGAGAUCAGCAAAUAACAAUCAAAAUAAGAUCUAAAUUAAAUAGACUAAUGACAGAAAAGUAAGACUGAAUCUUAAGGCAACCAAUAAUAAACAAGAGGACUCUGAUGAUGAUAUAAAUGAGAGCAAUGGGGAUGAUGAUGAAGAUGAUGUAAUGAGCGAAGACCUAGAAUAGAUUAAUCAGAAUGAUGAAGAUGAUGAGGAAAUGAGUGAAAGUGAAUUUGAAUCAAGUGAUUCGGAUGCACCUAAAAAGGGAAAAAGAGGCAACAGAUAAAAAAACCAAGACUUAUCUGCUCAACUUAUCGCUAACUAAAUCGAUUUAGAAAAGCUUACUAAGAGAUAAAGAAUGGCUUAUCUUAAUAAGUAGAAUGAAUAAGAAAAGCAAUAGUAGUAAUAGAUAGCUAUAGGUAAGCAUAAUAGAGAAAGCUUGCUUUCAGAUCCACAUAAUGACAAUGUAUUUUACGCUCUAGCCCAUAAAAAGCCCAUCUAAAAAGUCUAGAUAGAUAAUGAAGAAGAGUCUUAAGAAAAACCAUUAAAAAAGAGAGGUCCUGGCAGAACUUCAGUAAACUAGCAACAAGCAGAUGAGAUAAAAAGAUUAUAACUUGAAAAACUUCUAGAUGAUUAAAAGAAAAAAUUUUAAGAUAGAGAAAAGAAGCUCCAAGCUUUGGGAGCUGAAAUUCUUGGACAAGGUACUGUGGGUAGAUAUAUUAACCAAAAUUAGAGACUUAUAAUGCCAAAGUAGAAGAUAUAACAAUGUGGGCCAUGCAUAAAAACAAUUUAUAAGGAUAACAAUGUAAAGAUGGUAUUUCCCCAAGGUAUAAUGUUGCCAGAAGUUUUAAGAUAGAAAAUAAACAUUCAUGAACUAGAGAAUAAAAUGGUCUAAAGAUAAGAGAUGAAUUAAUGUUCAAAUUGUGGAACUCACUAAAAGAAGUAUGUGUGUUCUAAAACUCACAGAGUCGCUUGCAGUUUUGAGUGUUAUAAAUUGAUCCAGAGUGAUAAUAUGCUGAUGGCAGUUCAAUGA